AUGAACCCAGAGGACGUGGAGGCUGCAGCAAUCAGCGCUUGCAAGGUCGCACCUUUCUGGAAGUCAGCACCCAAAAGCUGGUUUACGUUAAUCGAAUCGUCCAUCUACACAUCCAGAGUGACCAAGGAUGAAUCCAAAUAUCAUCUCGUCAUGUCUGCAAUGCCUUCUUCAGACAUUAUCACAGAAACUGAGGAUGAGAGGCUCUAUAACGACAUGUCACUGAGCAACAAGAAGCCGUUUCAGCUGUUGCGCCACAUGCGCUCGCUAGUAGAUGGAAAAAUAUCCGAGGAUGCACUCAAGGUCAAGUGGUUGGCCUUGAUACAGGUCCACACCAGGCAAGCGCUCAAGAUCUUGCACAGUGCGCUCCUCAGCGAGCUGGCUGACGAGCUCCUCGAGAUUCCUUCCACACCAGGAGUCUGCGCCACCGAUCCAGCCGUCACAGCAAGCAUCAACGCAGCAGCUCUGAGGAACAAGACCUACCCGAAUACGCUGGCAGCAGACAUUUCAGCCAUAAGAGCUUGCCUGGUACAGCUGACGACCACGCAGGAGAUGCUUGUGAAUAGGCUGCCGCUCUCUGGUGAUCAAUCCAACAAGGGAAAAAACGGGAACAAUAGGAGAUUCAGGUUACGAAGUACAGCGGCCAAGCAGCAAAUCUAUCACUUUCAUUGGAAAUUCGGAGCUGUGGCGCAUAAGUGCCAAGCCCCAUGCAACUUCAAGUCGAGCAACCAGGAAAACAAGUAG